CGAACGUUUGCAUUCGUGUCUUUGUACUUUUAUAUAUGCAAUGAAGUGCAAUUCAUCUCAUAUCGACCAAUGUAGAAGAAAUCGCAAAAUGGAAAUGGUACGUUGAGGUGUAAUCUCUAUUAUCUUCCAUUAUCGCUGUAUAGAGCAGGUGCCCUGAACAAGAAAAGACAAGGGUCAUAACAUUAACCUGCACUCCAAAAACGAAGAUAGAGGGAAAGGUUAUUUGUCACUACUUUAAAUAUUAGCCGAAUUAAUUGUCACUAUAGGGUUGAAGACAGGUACUAAAAUCUCUAAUAACAAUGGCAAUUUCGGGGUUGAUUGGGAAGUGGAAAGUGAUUUCUGAGGAAAAUCUAGACGAAAUCUUCCAGGCAUUUGGUGUGGACGACGAAAUGCGAUCAAAAGCAAAAGAGGGUCUAAUUCAGCCAAUCCAGGAAAUCAAUAUUAUAGACGACGAGUAUUUCAUUAAGACUACAAUCGGCCAUAUCUCCACUGAAGUCCGCUUCAAACUUCGCGUAACAUUCCCAAGUUCUUCAAUGGAUGGCAAAAAAAUCAUGGUAACAUACAGAAAGAAUGGAAAUGCACUGGAAGAAGUACAACAAUACGGUGAUCACGAGGCGCUAAUAUCCCGUAUUGUUAAUGGCAACGAACUUGUAUCGACCAUUACAGGAAAAGGAAAGACAGCCAUUAUUCGUUAUACACGAGUGUGACAUCAUCAACAAGAUACCAUUUCAACCUGUCGAAACUCAAAGUUAAAUUCUAUUGGAUUCUCAAACUAUUUUACAAACCUUUGAUUUGGGUUAUCGACAAUGAUUGUAU